GUGUAUGACACAAUCUAAAUUCUCGUCUACAUUUUCUAAAUGAUUCUUAACUCGAUUUAAGUGUAUUUUCGCUUCGGUUCUUUAAAAUUAAAUGUCUCUUGUCGCUUGUCUCGUUCCGGGACAUGAUGUUAGUUGAGAGCAGUUGCUGCGUUUGUUUUCCAGAAAAUUGAUUCAGCAACAAAUAUUUGCAUAACUCAUUAAGAGCGCUGCGAGAUACGUAAACGUAAACGCAAACAUUCACGUAAAUGAAAACACGUUAAAUAAGUUCAUUAUGUGCGUGUUUGUGUGUUAGUGUGUGCAUGUGUGUGUGCGUGUCUGUGUGCAGUUUGUCGCGAUCGUCAAGCGAAAAUAUUUUAAUUAGUUUUUGGGCGGGGAAACGUCUCGAAUCGCUGGCUAAUUGUUGGCAUUGGCUCAGCGAGCGAAACGAGCGCUGAUUGUGUGCAGCAUUAUGGAAAGAUUAUGCAAACAUGUUAAGGGGUUAAACAGACAACAGAAGCCAAAGGCUGGCUAUGCAAAUUCCAAUGAAAAACUGAAGUAGAGUGGGCAGGAAAAGCUGCAGUUGCUGUGACAGCUCCGAAAAGAAUAAAAUUUGACAGGUACUCAACACUGGCAAAUGACAGGACAGCAAAAUAGCCGACAGCUAGUCAAACUAAUUGAUUUGCUUGCCUACAAUCAGUUGCAACAAAUGAAUCCCUACGAGGAGAUACUAGGCCAGGUGAUGGACCAAAUGCUUAUGCAAAAGGACUGCAAUACGGAGAACAAGCUGGUGCACGACAAGCUGGUCGUGCUGAUGCGCUACACAGGACUGCGUGACAUUGCGGUGACCACCUCGAAUGCCGCCUGUCAUGCGGGCCGCUCCACGCCCUGUUACUUUGAUGUGGAGCGCACGUUCCGUGUGCUGGGCAUUGGGGUCCGUGGCUUGCGGGAGUUGCGUGAUAGCAGUGCAGAGACUCAGCCGACGCCCAUCAGCUUUAGUCCGGUUGAGACGCGCGACGAGGAUAUACACCAGAGUCCGCAGCUGGAUAUCAAUCAGUCGCGCGGCUUGCGCAGCGGCCGACACAUACCCAAAUAUAUGCCGCCCUUUCCUGGUGUGCACACCUACAAGAACACCAUGAUGGACAUUGUGACGGAUCGUGGCUACGUCUCGGAGCGGCAACGUCGUGCCGAGCUGCAGCUGAGCACCCAGAGGGCGCUCAAUAGGUACUACCUGCGCACACGGCCGGCUAUCUCGCUAUUCAUUGAGCCGCAGCGCGGCACAGAAUUCAUGGUGCUCAAUGUGAAUGUGCCCAAAAAGCCGGCCUACUUAACGGCAUUAAUGCCGCGCGAUGAGGUGUUCGAUGUGGAUAUCUACGAGUUCAAUGAGCCGCCCAAUGAGAGGGCACGAAACAAUCCCUUUAUGAAGAAGCCGCAUGAUAAAAGCGAGUGUAAUCAGUCCAUCGAAGAAGACAAUAAUGAAAAUGAAUCGGAAGAAAAUGAUGAUGAUCCGGAUGAUGAUCGUGAUCAGGAGCAUGAUCAGGAUCGGGAGCGUGAGGAUAACGAAUUUGAUGACGAGGACGAUUGGCAACUGCCCAACUUAAAUGACGAUGACGAAUCCUCAUCAUGAGAAUAUUUAUGAAGUAAUAUUUUAUGAAAUUUAAUAUAUAUCAGCUGUGAGGCAUAGUCAGUACUUAAUCAAUCGACUAGUAUUUAUAUUUGGCAUUGAUA